AGUGUGAGAAGCAGUAUGUGUGAGCAUGUGUGUGUGUGUAUGUGUGUGUGGGGGGGUGUAAAAUGUGUUUUUCAAAGUACUGAGAGGUUGAUGGGGCUGUUCGAUUAGCUCCUCUGAGAAGAGAAAAGGUUCUUGGACCUCUCCCUGUUUCUUCCUUAGAAUAAUUUGAAUGGGAUUUGUGAUGCAGAAAAGCCUAAGGGAAAAAGAAUAUUCAUUCUGUGUGGUGAAAAUUUUUUGAAAAAAAAAUUGCCUUCUUCAAACAAGGGUGUCAUUCUGAUAUUUAUGAGGACUGUUGUUCUCACUAUGAAGGCAUCUGUUAUUGAAAUGUUCCUUGUUUUGCUGCUGACUGGAGUACAUUCAAACAAAGAAACGGCAAAGAAGAUUAAAAGGCCCAAGUUCACUGUGCCUCAGAUCAACUGCGAUGUCAAAGCCGGAAAGAUCAUCAAUCCUGAGUUCAUUGUGAAAUGUCCAGCAGGAUGCCAAGACCCCAAAUACCACGUUUAUGGCACUGACGUAUAUGCAUCCUACUCCAGUGUGUGUGGCGCUGCCGUACACAGUGGUGUGCUUGAUAAUUCAGGAGGGAAAAUACUUGUUCGGAAGGUUGCUGGACAGUCUGGUUACAAAGGGAGUUAUUCCAACGGUGUCCAAUCGUUAUCCCUACCACGAUGGAGAGAAUCCUUUAUCGUCUUAGAAAGUAAACCCAAAAAGGGUGUAACCUACCCAUCAGCUCUUACAUACUCAUCAUCGAAAAGUCCAGCUGCCCAAGCAGGUGAGACCACAAAAGCCUAUCAGAGGCCACCUAUUCCAGGGACAACUGCACAGCCGGUCACUCUGAUGCAGCUUCUGGCUGUCACUGUAGCUGUGGCCACCCCCACCACCUUGCCAAGGCCAUCCCCUUCUGCUGCUUCUACCACCAGCAUCCCCAGACCACAAUCAGUGGGCCACAGGAGCCAGGAGAUGGAUCUCUGGUCCACUGCCACCUACACAAGCAGCCAAAACAGGCCCGGAGCUGAUCCAGGUACCCAAAGGCAAGAUCCUUCAGGAGCUGCCUUCCAGAAACCUGUUGGAGCGGAUGUCAGCCUGGGAGAGAUGGACUCAUGGAAACCUGGAUCGGUCCUUUUAGAUGAAGGACUUGUUCCAAAAGAAGAAUUGAGCACACAGUCUUUGGAGCCAGUAUCCCUGGGAGAUCCAAACUGCAAAAUUGACUUGUCGUUUUUAAUUGAUGGGAGCACCAGCAUUGGCAAACGGCGAUUCCGAAUCCAGAAGCAGCUCCUGGCUGAUGUUGCCCAAGCUCUUGACAUUGGCCCUGCCGGUCCACUGAUGGGUGUUGUCCAGUAUGGAGACAACCCUGCUACUCACUUUAACCUCAAGACACACACGAAUUCUCGAGAUCUGAAGACAGCCAUAGAGAAAAUUACCCAGAGAGGAGGACUUUCUAAUGUGGGUCGGGCCAUCUCCUUUGUGACCAAGAACUUCUUUUCCAAAGCCAAUGGAAACAGAAGCGGCGCUCCCAAUGUGGUGGUGGUGUUGGUGGAUGGCUGGCCCACGGACAAAGUGGAGGAGGCUUCAAGACUUGCGAGAGAGUCAGGAAUCAACAUUUUCUUCAUCACCAUUGAAGGUGCUGCUGAAAAUGAGAAGCAGUAUGUGGUGGAGCCCAACUUUGCAAACAAGGCCGUGUGCAGAACAAACGGCUUCUACUCGCUCCACGUGCAGAGCUGGUUUGGCCUCCACAAGACCCUACAGCCUCUGGUGAAGCGGGUCUGCGACACUGACCGCCUGGCCUGCAGCAAGACCUGCUUGAACUCGGCUGACAUUGGCUUCGUCAUCGACGGCUCCAGCAGUGUGGGGACGGGCAACUUCCGCACCGUCCUCCAGUUUGUGACCAACCUCACCAAAGAGUUUGAGAUUUCCGACACGGACACGCGCAUCGGGGCCGUGCAGUACACCUACGAACAGCGGCUGGAGUUUGGGUUCGACAAGUACAGCAGCAAGCCUGACAUCCUCAACGCCAUCAAGAGGGUGGGCUACUGGAGUGGUGGCACCAGCACGGGGGCUGCCAUCAACUUCGCCCUGGAGCAGCUCUUCAAGAAGUCCAAGCCCAACAAGAGGAAGUUAAUGAUCCUCAUCACCGACGGGAGGUCCUACGACGACGUCCGGAUCCCAGCCAUGGCUGCCCAUCUGAAGGGAGUGAUCACCUAUGCGAUAGGCGUUGCCUGGGCUGCCCAAGAGGAGCUAGAAGUCAUUGCCACUCACCCCGCCAGAGACCACUCCUUCUUUGUGGACGAGUUUGACAACCUCUACCAGUAUGUCCCCAGGAUCAUCCAGAACAUUUGUACAGAGUUCAACUCACAGCCUCGGAACUGAAUUCAGAGCAGGCAGAGCACCAGCAAGUGCUGCUUUACUGACUGACGUGUUGGACCACCCCAGCGCUUAAUGGGGCACGCACGGUGCAUCAAGUCUUGGGCAGGGCAUGGAGAAACAAAUGUCUUGUUAUUAUUCUUUGCCAUCAUGCUUUUUCAUAUUCCAAAACUUGGAGUUACAAAGAUGAUCACAAACGUAUAGAAUGAGCCAAAAGGCUACAUCAUGUUGAGGGUGCUGGAGAUUUUACAUUUUGACAAUUGUUUUCAAAAUAAAUGUUGGGAAUACAGUGCAGCCCUUACGACAGGCUUACGUAGAGCUUUUGUGAGAUUUUUAAGUUGUUAUUUCUGAUUAGAACUCUGUAAACCUCAGCAAGUUUCAUUUUUGUCAUGACAAUGUAGGAAUUGCUGGAUUAAAUGUUUAGAAGGAUGACA